AUGUGCCUCUGUCGUCUGCUCACGCUGCUGACGGCUUCCGCUUUUUAACCUAGGCCUGUGUAUGGCUUCCGAAUACUGCUGCCUCCACCGCCACCCUGCGCCAUGUGCCUCUGUGUCUGCUGCUCACGCUGCUGACGGCUUCCGCUUUUUAAACUAGUCCUGUGUAUGUCUUCCGAAUACUGCUGCCUCCACCGCCACCCUGCGCCAUGUGCCACUUUCGGGUCUCCUCACACUGCUGCCAGGUCCAGAGUGUGUCAUGGGUCCCUGUACGGCCUCCCAUUGCUGCUGUCUCCAUCGCCACACUCUGCCAUGUGCCACUUUCAGGUC